AUGUCAUUAUUGUUUUUAGUAGUUGAAUUUUCUCAAGUUAAGAAAAUGAUUCUCGAAUCAAAAAACUUAGUACUUGGAAUUCUCAACAGAGGUUCAACAUACAUGUUGGGUCAGCGACGCAAUUUUAAUGACCGUUUGAGCGAGCCUAAGAAACGGUACACAUACUUCGUGCCACGGAACUCUGCAUGGGAAAAAGCCAAAAAUAUAUUCCCGUCUGCUUACAAGAAAAUUUUCAUGCCCGAUUUUAGUUACCAUGUAAGUAUUUGA